AUGCGUUCCACUAUUCGCAUCUUCUUCUACCUUUUCACCUUGUUGAACAUCGCGGUGGUCGUUCAAUCAGCAACGGCUAACAGCACCGACCUAGGGAAGUCUUCCUCCAGAAAACCGAAAUGCAGUAAGCUUCUGCGUCGAAAGGAGUGGAGGACUCUCAGCGACGCCGAGAAGAAGAACUACAUCGAUGCUGUCAAGUGCUUGCAGUCCCGUCCCGCUGUGAACCCCGCGUAUCCGGAAGCUCAGACCCGCUAUGAGGAAUUCCAAGCAUACCAUAUGUUUAUCGCAGAUUACAUACAUGCUGUGGGACAUUUCCUUCCGUGGCACAGGAAAUACGUGCAGCUUUACGACCGGGCAAUGCGCGAGGAUUGCGGAUAUAAGGGUGCUACUCCGUAUUGGGACUGGACUCAGGAUGCUGACGACGCAGCCGGGCUAAGCACUUCGCCGGUUUGGGAUCCCGUUACCGGGUUUGGCGGUAAUGGAGUUCCAGGCACCUAUACCCUCCCGACGGGCCCUGACGUGAAUUUCACCGCGAUGAGGAUCUUCCCCGCCUCCUUCAUUGGAUGCGUCCAAGACGGACCUUUCGCCAACCACACCGUCCGCCUUGGCCCCGGCACCCUGAAGACGAACCACUGCCUCGUCCGCGGCAUAAAUGAAGCCCAGAACGUCCGCCUCAACUCCAAGGCGGUCGCUUGGACGCUGAGCCACCAGACCUUCGAGGACUUCCGGAUCCAGCUCGAAGGCCAGCCAUUCUUGACCGAGUUCAGGGUGCAUGACGGCGGGCACAACAUGAUUGGUGGAGACAUGAGCAACUUCUACUCGAGUCCAGGAGAGCCGCUCUUCUACCUCCACCACGGCAACCUGGAUCGCAUUUGGUGGCAGUGGCAACAAAUGUUGCCUUCGAGGCUCUAUGAGGUCUCUGGGCGCUCGACCACCACGCCUCCAUUCCGUAACAUUACGCUCGACUACAUCCUCCAGAUGGGGGAGUCCCUCGGGCCGUCGGUGCCGAUCCGCGACGUCAUGGACAUUCAUAGUCCUCCAAAUUGCUACACUUAUGUGUGA